AUGUCUCAAGAUAUGGAUUGGUCGCUCACCUUCUGCCUUGCCUGUGAUAGACAGACUGAUGGCAACAAUGCCUACUGCGGAGAGGGCUGUCGUCUGGCUGACUGCGGAAGAGCCAACGCAGGAUCAGAGGCCAGGUCGCCUCCCCCUCCUCAGGCUUCGAUCUCAGGGCCAUUAAAACCAAGCAACAACUCCGACGUCCCUUCUGGCGACAACUUCACUAAGAGGCCGUCGACCUCGUCAUCUCGCUCAAAACCCCAAAUUCUGCCCAUCUACGUCAAGCCCAUCUUAACCCCGUCGUCACCCCAAUCCUCUCACUCCUCGUCGACCCCCUCUAAGCAAGUUCAACUCUCCGACAAAGCCCGCCGCGAACUCGGCGGCUACGCUACAGAUUUCUCUCUCAUCACAUCGCAUCUUGCUACUGAUUCUUGCACCUCCGUCGAGGAGGCACGAGAAACGCGUGCUACCAAAGAGAUUACAAAAGGCAAAGGAAAACGUGGUCGGAUGCGUAAGAGUGCUGCGCUAGAGGAGGAUGAGCCAGUGCCAGUGCCAGUGCCAGUGCCGUGGAAGGCCCCAGUGGCGCAGAUGACCAAAGCGCAGGUUGCAGAGGACUAG